AUGGCAUUGCCGACACGUAAAGUAUUUUUUCAUGCGGCAGAAAAAAAAGCAUUUGGAAGACCAUUUGGAGGAAACGCAUUCAUUAUUAAAAAAGAUGUUUUACUGUCUCCUCACAUAAUCUAUGAAGAUGACAAUAUUCUCGCUAUUAAAGGUAAAAAUAAGUGUUACAAUCUAGUCUUUAUUGGUAUUUAUCUCACAUCAUGUCGAAAUAACGAGGAAUCCCUUUCAAAGUACAAACAACAGUUAAACCUAAUCACUUCAAUUAUAAAAAACUACGAAGAUGUAAGUGAAUGUAUUAUUGCUGGAGAUUUUCAGUCUUAUCCCGAAACACUCUACGAUUCUGAGAUCCGUAAUAAUAAAAAACGCAAUAAAUUCUCUAAUCAGCUAACUAAUUUCAUUAAAUCAAAUAAGCUCUCAUUUAUCGAUAUAAUCAGUGGCGCUGGUCCAACAUACACCUAUCAGCAUAAAACUCUAUCUAACUCAUCGUAUAUCAAUCACAUCGCAGCUCUAAAAGAGUCAUCUUUAUUAUUUAUAAAUACAAGCGUUAUUUCUCCUUCUCCUUUUAAUUUUAGUGAUCACUUACCAAUCGCUACAAAUAUCGUCGUUACACAUACUAAUCUAUCAACCGUAAUAAAUAGCAUAAUGCAUAAAUAUAAUUAUAUUUCAAAAUAUGCAUGGAAUAACGAAAAAUUCAUUAACAUAUAUAAUCAUAACCUCUCCGUAGCUUUCAACUACUACACCUUCAAUGAAGAAGAAAUCGAACAAGAAUUAAAACAAACAUGCGAAAAAAUCCAAAAUGCUGCUUUGUUAGCAGUUAAGCAGUGCUUUAAACAACAAAUCUCAGUUAAAGCAGCUCAUAACAAAAAGAUCCACGAAAAAACUAUAAAUAUUGAAAAUCUUCGAACCACUAAUCCUCAGAGGUUCUGGGAUAACAUCCGUAAAAUCAAAACUAAAGCAACAACUCGAUUAUUUACAAUUAACAAAUCGCAAAAUAUAAAAGAUAUCGUUCAAGAAAUUAGACAACAUUUUCAAACUCUUCUCAAUACGCCUCUUAUUUUAAAUAAUAACCAUAAUCCUUCUCAAAUUCCAUCUCUAUGUAAAGAGCCUAAUUCACUAAUCAUAACAUCAGCUGAUAUUAUAAAUUGCAUCUCACAAUUAAAUAGUAAUAAGUCCCCAGAUAGCUAUGGGUUAAGUGCUGAACACCUUAAAAACUCUCAUAAUAAUAAUCUUCUUUUGUGGCUCGCUAAAUUUUAUAACAGUAUUCUAUCGAAUGGAAAAGUACCAAAUGAUCUAUCAACUUCAACAAUUAUUCCACUUGUUAAGUCAUAUAAAAAAUCUCUUAAUAAUCCAGAUAAUUAUCGAGGAAUUAGUAUUUUACCUAUCUUUACUAAACUUCUAGAGUAUCUAAUACUACAAAUAUGUCCUAGUAUAACAGAUAGCCAUUCCCAUCAAUUUGGUUUUAAAAAAAACAGUUCUACUCUCCUCGCAGAAUUUUUACUGAGCGAAACUGUUAUGCACUAUAAAAACAAUAACACGCCUUUAUAUAUGUGCAGUUUAGAUGCUAAUAAAGCUUUUGACACUUGCAACUGGGAUUUGCUAUUUGAGAAGCUGUAUUUCCAAAAAAAACUUCCGUUGUCUGUAGUACACACAAUAUCAUCCCUUUAUCAUUCUGGUUCUGCAAACAUAUCCUAUCAAGAUGUUACCUCAAAUCAAUUCAGUCUAUCACAAGGGGUGCGACAAGGGUCUAUUCUAUCGCCACAUUUAUAUAACAUUUAUACUGAAAGCAUCCUAAAUGAAAUUGUCUCAGAAUGUAAAGUAGGAUCGACAAUAAAUGGAAUUUAUACUGGUGUAAUUGCAUACGCAGAUGAUGUAAUUUUGCAAAGCCCCACAAUCUCUGGUCUGCAGGAACUGAUUAACAGAUAUCAAACAUAUGGAGUAGCAAACUUUAUCAAGCUAAACACUGAGAAAACAGAAUUUCUGAUUUUUGGAAAAAGUUAUAUUCCUAACAACAAACUCUACAACAAACAAAAACAUGCGUGCAGAAUAGUAUUUGGAGCCGACACAAAUACUCCUCGCAAACCACUUUUACGUGUGCUUGGUGCAUUAAAUGUGUAUAAACUCAAUUAA